AUGAAUGUGAUGGGAAAAGAAGAUGACGAUGAUGAUGCUCUUCUUACCGCCAAGAAUAACGACGACGACGCGUCGAUGAAAUCGUUAGUAAAAUCAUUAUUCGAAGGUGUGCUUCGAGUGAACCCUCACGAUCCAUCCGAGGCGUACGUCUCCGUGUCGUUCUUACCGGUGGAUGUGAAAUUUCGACUCUUUCAUGACAACAACGACGACCACCAAGACGAAGACGUUAAAAAGAAGAAGAAAAUUUUCGCGGUGGACCAGGACAAGAUUCUGUUUACCUUGGAAUCACCGAUCGAGUGGUUAAGACAGGAGUUACGAGAGAAGAGCGAAGCGAAGAGCAGACGAGAGAGACGUCCUGGGAGUACGAGUGGGAGACAGCAGCGGCGCGGUACGACGAGCGGUACGACUUCGUUAGUCGAGAUGAUGGAAAAAUGCUCGAUUCGCGGGAGCGAAGAAAGCGUGAAACGGUUCGAGAACUUGUACAAAAGUUGCGUGCGUGGAACCGAGGAAGAGGUGCAAAAAGCAUACGAGGGAGCGUGUCGGUUUUUUAGUAGUAAUAGUAGUAAUAGUAACGGCAGUGGUAGUAACAAAAACAACGGCGACGGGAUUGAGGAAAUCGAGCUCUUGCGACCAAUCGGUACGGUGGUGAAAAUCAUCGAGCCGUCGCCAAAACGGACGAGGUUAGUUGGCUACAUCGUAGAUGAAAAAAGGAAUAAUACGAAUAGUAAUACUAAUAGUAAAAAUAAAUCGAAGAAAAGCUUUCGAUUAAAACCGACGGAUUCGCGAAUGCCGACGUGCGAUAUAGACGCCUCGCUUUCCGAAUUAAAAGAUUUAGAAAACGUGCCUGAAAAUGUCAUCGUGUUUGCGUCCAUGAUAGACACGGAUGGAACCGCAAAAGGCGCUUUGUCGCGCGCGUGCUCGGUUGAGCGCAUCAUCGGUCCAAGUGAUAGCAUCGAAACGCACACCGCGAAAAUAAUCUUAGAGAACGACAUCAAAGACGAACCGUUUACGGACGAGGUACUCGCGUGUUUGCCGAAAGAGUGGAACGACGACAACGGCAUCGAGUUAGAAAAUGAAGACGAAAAAGAACCCGCGAGGAAAGAUUUUAGGAGCGACAUAGGCACUUGCACGAUAGACCCAGAAACUGCGCGCGAUUUGGACGAUUCUUUGUUCGCCACGAGAAUCGAUAAAAAUACCAUUCGUGUCUGCGUACACAUCGCGGAUGUCUCGCAUUUCGUGCAACCAAACACGGCGUUGGACGAAGAAGCUUUGAUUCGAGCGACGUCGAAUUAUUUGUGCGAUAGAGUCGUGCCUAUGUUACCGAGACUGUUGAGCGAAAUCGCGUGUUCUUUAAAUCCAGGCGUGGAUAGGUACGCGAUGUCCUGCGAGUGGAUCAUUCGAGAAUCUGAUGGCAAAAUCUUGGAGGAAUGGUUCGGACGAAGCGUCAUGCGAAGCAGAGCGAAAUUGUCCUACGGCGACGCGCAAAGAAUGUUGGACGCGUUUGAUGCAUCCAUGACAGACGAAGCGAUUGUGAACGUCGAAAAGGAGAAGGUCAGCGGAGAAGGAAAAAUAGAACAAUCCUCAAAAGACAACGUUCUCCUUGAAGUUGUAAAGUCCGUGCGUUUACUUCGAUCUGUGGCGAAAACGUUGCGCGAAAACCGAGUCGAGAACGGCUCGGUCCGUUUAGAUCAAGCGAAAAUUGGUUUUGAAAUCGAUCAAGAGACCAAGUUACCGAAACGCGCGUUUCAAUACGAACUUCGCGAAUCGAAUCGAGUGAUUGAAGAUUUAAUGUUGCUCGCGAAUAGACGCGUGGCGAAACGAAUCGCGGACUAUUUCCCGAACGUCGCUUUGUUGCGUUUACAUCCGCCGCCGAACGAAAAGAAAAUGUUCGAGCUGCGCGAGUUUGCUCAAGCGAACGGAUUGAACGAUUUCGAUUGCAGCACGAGUGGAGCGUUACAUCGAAGCUUAGAGCGCUUACGCGAGACCGUGAGAAGAACAGAUGAAACGAUGAAUAAUGGUGGUGUCAACGCCAUUUACGAAAUCAUCAACUUAUUAGCGACGAAGCCGAUGCAGUUGGCGCAAUAUUUUUGCACGGGACAACUCCCGGAGGAAGAAAGUUGGCGCCACUACGCGUUAGCGUUCGACAGGUACACGCACUUCACGUCACCGAUUCGAAGGUAUCCGGAUAUUCUCGUUCACCGUUUACUCCGUGCGAGUUUAGUCGUGGAAGAACAAGAGAAGAAUAAGAAGAAGCAGAAAAAUAAGAUGAUGUCUUUCUUUUCGAAGAAGAAGUCUUCGGAUGAUGUCGUCGUCAAGAAGAGCAACAAGUUGGUGGACUAUUUACUUCCCACAUCGACAUCUUCGUGCAUUCAAAUUGCGACUCAGUGCAAUAUAAAGAAGGCAUCUGCAAAGGUCGCGCAAGACGAACACUCGUUCGUGUAUUUUUGUUACCAUCUCGCGAGGAACCCAACGGUUACGCUGGCUAUCGCGCGCAUCGUCGGAAGGAAACAUUUAGCGUGUUUUUUACCAGAGUUUGGUUUUGAAGUGAAGGUUGAAAUCGGAAAUAAGCGUCACUUGACGACAAAACAAUCAGCAGGGACGCAUAAUCCGACUAUGGUAUCGAUCGAGUUUGAAGCGUCGUCUGAAUCCGCAAACGAAGCGGCGCAAAAGUUGAUCGAACUUGGAGAAAAUGGUAGCGAGAAAGACAAGCACGCCGACGAAGACGAAACGGAAAACGAAGAAGAAGGUAAACAAAACAGCGUCUCGUGGAUUGAGCGAACAAAGUUGCUCAAAAAAGCGAGAGGACUGAGUGGUGCGUUUUUAAAUCUCACGAGAUUGGAAGAAGAACGCGUUUUGAUGGCGCUAAGUAGUGAUUCGACGGAAAAAAUAAUCUCGAAGGAUGCCGUCGGCGCGCUCCCUAUGCGCAUCAGGCCCGCGGACCAAGUUUUGGUCGUUUUAACUGGUAAAUUUGGCGAAAAGAAACCGGAAAUCGUGGCUAACUUGGUCAUCAACAACCCGCUCUUUGCUUGA